CGGAUCUGGUAGCUGCCAAUGUGUCAUGCUGGUGUCAGCCCCGCUCCGAGGCUCAGGGCCCUGGCAGGCCUGGCCGCGGCGGCCCUCCUCUCGGCCCUCUGGCUCCUGUGGCUGCUCGACGCGGCCCCCGGGGGAGCCCGAACGCCCCAGUCCACGAUAACCAUCCUCGUCUGGCACUGGCCCUUCACCGGCCAGCCCCCGGAGCUGCCCAGCAACACCUGCGCCAGCUACGGCGUGGCCCGCUGCCGCCUGACCACCAACCGCAGGCUGCUGGCCAGCGCCGACGCCGUGGUCUUCCACCACCGCGAGCUGCAGAGCGGGAAGGCGCGCCUGCCCCUGGCCGAGCGGCCGCACGGGCAGCCCUGGGUGUGGGCCUCCAUGGAGUCGCCCAGCCACACCCACGACCUCGGCCGCCUGCGCGGGGUCUUCAACUGGGUGCUGAGCUACCGGCGAGACUCGGACAUCUUUGUGCCCUACGGCCGCCUGGAGCCCCGCGAGGGGCCCGCGCCGCCGCUGCCGGCCAAGAGCAGGCUGGCCGCCUGGGUGGUCAGCAACUUCCAGAAGCGGCAGCAGCGUGUGCAGCUGUACCGGCAGCUGGCGACCCACCUGCGCGUGGACGUGCUGGGCCGCGCCGGCAGGCGGCCCCUGUGUGCCGACUGCCUGCUGCCCACCGUGGCCCGGUACCUCUUUUACCUGUCCUUCGAGAACUCCCAGCACCGGGACUACAUCACUGAGAAGUUCUGGCGCAACGCGCUGUCGGCCGGCGCCGUGCCCGUGGUCCUGGGGCCCCCGAGGGCCAACUACGAGGCCUUCGCCCCGCCCGACGCCUUCGUGCACGUGGACGAUUUCGGCUCGGCCCGCGAGCUGGCCGCCUUCCUCACCGGCAUGAACGAGAGCCGCUAUCGGCGCUACUUCGCCUGGCGGGACCGGCUCCAAGUGCGGCUGUUUGCCGACUGGCGGGAGCGCUUCUGUGCCAUCUGCACCCGCUACCCCGACCUGCCCCGUGGCCAGCUCUACCAGGACCUCGAGGGCUGGUUCCGGGCCUGAGCUCCACCGGCUGCAGGAGGCAGGGG